AUGGAGAACCCCGCGCACGUUUACACAACGGGGAUUCCAAUGUCAGAGAAAGGAAAUUUCCCUCAUAAUAAGUAUGGCUGCGAUGGUGGUAGCACGCGAGAUGUAGUAGUUAUUCAAAAAUCGAAUGAUCAUAACUAUCCAACUGAUUCUUCUUUAAUUCUGUACGAUUCUAGUGCUGAGGGUGUCGAAUACAUUAGCAAUUCAAUUCAAGAUGGCUUCCAAUCUGAAAUACUGUGCAGUUUUGUGUGUGAUGCCGGUUUACAGUCUGAUUUACCUAUGGAUAAUGCGUCAUUGGAUAUUGACUCUAUUUCAGAGUCUGGUUCUCACAUCAAAUUUUCUGAUUCCCCAGGAUCAUCAUUUACAGAAAAAAUCGGUUCUUUUCCAUCGGUGGAAGGUUUGGUACCAAGUCUUGAUGAACAGUUAGAUAACUACUUAAUGCCUGACUUCAAAACAGUGAACAAAUCAGAUGAUGGUGCUCAAAUCCUUGAAGAGGAGCAAAGAACAGUUACUGAAGCGAUAUCUGCCAUUGCUAAAAGUUUUGGUAUCGAUGACCUUUUGCCAGAAACUUUUCAAGUUGACGGCUGUAAGGAUGGUUUGUCAAUUACUGUUGCAUCAGAUAAUCUUUGCAAUGACGAAAACGAACACAUUGGAGAAUUAUCGUUAGGAGAUUUUGAAAAGUGUGCAGAACUUCAUUCACCUCAGUCUUCAUUGGAUCUAACAGAACAGCUUUCACAAGAUGCAGAAACGUAUGUUUUGAAUGGCUUAAAUAUGUUUGCUAAUCAGUCGAGAUCUUUUGAAAAUACCAAUAGUCGAUUUCCAUUGUUGCUAAAAAGUGAAAAAUUCUUUCUGAAUUCUAGAGAAGAUUUUGGUUCAAAAGAUGAACUUGAGCCUUUGAUGACAGAUGAAAGAGACAAUAGUGAUCAUUUUGAUUGCAGUGGCGCAAAAGUUUCAGAAUCUGAGAAUAGAUCUUGUCCACUAGAGUUUGAAGUUUCAGAAUCUGAGAACAAUAGAUCUUGUGCACUUGAAUUUGAACAGUCAGAUUCCAAUUUACAAGAAAAUAAAUUGUGUGAUGCAAAUGAAAAUCUCGAUGUACCAACUGUUCGAAUAUCCGAUGUCGAAGCAGAUAAUUUGUCUGAAAUUGGGCAGAAUUGUUCUUCAGCUGGUACAGUAUUGAUUACUAGAGAUAGAACAUCUAAAAAGAUGCAGAUUGUACUCACACUUGAUCAGGGCCAACAAAUAUAUAACAUUGACACUGAGAGUGUAGAUGCAAAUGAAGAAUCUCUCAGUUUGGAUUUUCAAACUUCUUUAAAUAAAGUAAAUUUAGAAGAAAAUAUCUCAGAACAUACAGAAACUCAUGCUAUUGUUUUAAAUGAACAAGACCAUGUUUCCGCAGAUAUAGAGUCAGAAAAAAGUAAUGAGCCUGCCGAAGAUGCAGAAACAAGUAUUGAGGCUUCUAAUUUCAUGCAACUUGUCUCUAAUAUGCCGAUUACUCCCCCAAAAGGGAAAAAAGGAAAGACAUGGGUAUGUCCUGUUGAAGAUUGUGGUCAAAUCUUAGAUAAAGAAUGCAAGUUCAGGGUUCAUAUGAUCAGUCAUAAAGAUGCUAGACCAUUCAAAUGUAAUUUUGAAGGCUGUGAUUGGGCUUUCACUACACCAUAUAGGUUGCGUCGACACGAAGAGACUCAUUUGGGAUCUAAAGAUUACGUGUGCGACUUUGAAGGGUGCAAUCGAAAGUUUACUACAGUUUAUAAUUUAAAGACUCAUAAGAAACGACACAAGUGGCCAAAUUCACUAACAUGUCCUUCAAAAGACUGUAAAAUGAGCUUUUCUAAUAGACGGAAAUUAGAAUUGCACCUUAGAGUACAUAAGGAUGUUGAAGCUCCUUAUAAAUGUUCUCUUUGUGGAAAACAGUAUUAUUCAGCAAACUGUAUUGCUUCCCAUUAUCGAACCCAUCAGUAUAAUGAAGAUGAUUUUAAGUGUCCCUUUGCAGAUUGUGGGAAGGUUUAUGAUAAAAUAUGCAGGUUGAGGCAGCAUGUUCGUCAGCAUACAGGAGACCGCCCUUAUACAUGUCCUGCAGAGGGUUGUAAAUGGAGUUUUGUGAGUGCAAGCAAACUAACACGGCAUAUGAGAAAGCAUACCGGUGAACGAAAAUUUGUGUGCACAGAGCCGGGGUGUGGUAAAUCGUUUAUGCGACCAGAACAUUUAAAAGGCCAUAUUGUGAUUCAUUCUGGUGAUAAACCUUUUCAUUGUCCUCAUGAAAAUUGUAAUGCUAGGUUUACAGCCAAAUCUAGUCUUUAUGUUCAUGUAAAGAAACAUUGCCCUAGUCUUUUAAAAGUAGUCUAUCCAUGCCCUGUGUCAUCCUGUAUCAAGAAAUAUAAUAGUAAAGCAACAUUAAAACAGCAUCUUCAGAAAUUCCACCCUGACUCAGUACGUGAUGGCAAGAAAUUAAAUAUAGCUGAAAAGUUAGAGUUGACUAUGCCAGUAUCUGUAGUUAGUCCAAACAAUGAAAAUUCUUUAGGCUUUUUAGAAUUAGAUGAAAGCAUUGCAGAUGAUCCAUCAUCAAGUCUGAAGGUUGAAUUGUUUCAGCCUUCAGAAUCCUCUCUAUGUAAUCUAGCUCCAUCUGUUUCCAUUGAUGGUAAUAUAAAACCCAUUAUCAUAAAUACAUGGGCUGUCAAAUCAGAUUUAAAAGCAUCAAAAAAUAGCAUGCAAAUUGAAUCUGUAUGUUCUCCAUUGGAAUCAAAAGAACUUUCAAAACGUGUGAUUAAGGUACGAAACACAAGUAGACAGUCUGUUAGAUUAAUGCAGAAACAUCGAGGUGGUUGUGCUCGAACAGAUUUUUAUUGCAGCCAUUCUCUAGUUCUGAAAAAAGAUAAUGAGCAGUCAUUUGAUGUUAUGUCUAUAAACGUAAGUAAUAAUAGGGAUAACCAGGAAUCAAAAAACUAUUCAAUUAGUAACCAUCUGAAUUUGGAUAUUAAAUCUCCCGAUGUGAUGUUUGCGUCAACGUUGUUCCAUGAACAUUCCUCAGAACAGUUCAUGAAAAGUACUUUCUCACCUGAUGAGUCUUCAAGCACUCAUAGUUUGUAUCAUGAUGACAGCAUGUUGGAUGGUAGUUCAGCAUUCACCACAGGACUGAUUCCGUCAGCAUUGCUUUCAGAUGAUGCUGACAGUGAUGAGUCUGCACUUACACGGGACUCAUCAGGAGUUGUAUUUUCAGAACAAAAUGGUGUUGAUGCAUUUUCAGAAUCUAUACAUUUACAUGGACUAGAUUGAUGUAGGAUAUUUCAUAGAUCUUAAGGUUGUUUAUAUUGCUUGCUCAUUUUUCACAGUUUUUACUUAACAAAAUUAAAUUUUGUACAUGUUGGUACUAGAAACUUUUUUUGUAACAAUUCAUGUUGGCACAAUUUCAUACUUGCUUGUUGCUGUUUAUCUUUUGUGAGAAUGAAGUAUCAAAUAUCUGAUCAAAUGUUAUGUACAAAAGAAGUAAAAUUAAAUUAUUUAUUGCCGGUGUAUGUUUUAAAUUGUCCGGGUGUUCUUCUUUAAUAUAGAUUUAUGUAUCCCUUUUUAUCAUAUAUAGUAUUUUAUUAAAAAUAUAUUGAAAAAUAGGUAACGUAUUUUAUGGUCUGCAUAGCACUCCCUCAGGUAAUAAAUUUGUAGUGAAUACUUCUCAUAUUUACAGUUUAUUUUUAAAAAUUAUAAAAGUGUUGUUAAAUUAUAUGAAAUAUUAAGUUAAAAAAAUUGCAUCUUUUAUCAUAAAAUUUUCAAACAUGAAUUGAUUUUGUACAUUAAUUAUGAAACUAAAUCUAACAUAUGAAAAAUAUUAAUAUUUAUGUUCAUGCAGCAUAUGUUCUGUUAUGUGGACUACUACAGUUUGAUAAAAAAUGUGUAAUAAUAAAAUAUUUGUUGCAUUCAA